AUGGCGGAGAAGGGAGACAGUGUUUUGGAACCAUCGGCAGCUUCCACUGCUCCAAUUUCAUUCGGCUUCCUGCGUACGUCUGCCCGGAGGCGGCUGGCGGACCAGGGAGACUGCGCGGAGCUGGCCUUGGAGGAGAAGAAUUUCUUGAAGACCGUGGAAGGGAGGGAGCUGCAGAGUGUGAAGCCCUCAGGAGCCCCCAAGGAACUUGUCAUCCCUUUGAUCAAGAAUGGUCAUCACAGGCAGCCACAGGCCCAGUCCCUUGGGCCAUCCAUGGAUACUGAAGUCUUGGUAGAUGGGGUGCUGUCCCAGGCUGUGAAGGAGCUCCUUGAGGAAUCCAAGAAGUCUCAGGAGGAGAGAGAGAAUGCAGGUGUCGACCCCACGCUUGCUAUCCCCAUGAUCCAGAAAGGAUGCAUCCCCAACACGGAAGGGGCAGACAGCGAACCCCAGGCUGAGACAGUGCCAGAGGAGGCUGAUUAUGAGGCAGUCCCUGUGGAAGCCUACGGGCUGGCCAUGCUGCGGGGCAUGGGCUGGAAACCUGGCAAGGGCAUCGGCCACACCUUCAAUCAAGUAGUGAAGCCCUGCAUCAACUCACUGAGGCCCAAGGGGUUAGGGCUGGGUGCCAACCUGACCGAGGCCCAGAACUUGGCCCCCACCAGCCCGCACCGCCUGCUAAGUCCAGGUGAAGAGCAAGAGAAGGAUAAGGAAGACCAGCCUCAAGGGCUAGUGCCUGGACGAGCUGUGGUGGUCCUUUCUGGCCCUCAUCGAGGCCUCUAUGGGAAAGUCGAAGGCCUGGAUCCUGACAAUGUUCGGGUCAUGGUUCGUCUGGCAGUGGGGGGCCGUAUGGUGACUGUCAGUGAGUACUGCCUGCGGCCUGUUACUCAGAAGGAGUUUGACAAGAACUCUUUGGAUCUCAGCCAGGUGAGCAAAAGUUCCCCAGGGCAACAGAAUGGAACAGCCUCCUCGUCUUGGAAGGCCCUCCAGAAUCAGGACCUCCAUGUCCAGUGGGAGGACUCAGAUAGGAAGCGGAAACACCUUCCAGACAGACAGGUUGGGCCUUCAGCCAAGAAUGAAAAAGCAGCCUCCAAGAAUCAGCACUGGUUGCACAGGGACCUGCGUGUGCGGUUUGUGGACAAGCUGUACAAAGGCGGCCAGUAUUACAAUACCAAGAUGACAAUUGAGGAUGUCGUGAGCCCAGAUACCUGUGUGUGUCGGACAGAUGAAGGCCGAGUCCUGGAAGGCCUGAGGGAAGACAUGCUGGAGACCCUGGUUCCCAAGGUGGAAGGCAACCGUGUGAUGGUGGUGCUAGGACCACAGGCUGGAAGGAUGGGACACCUGCUGGGCCAGGACAGAGCACGGAGCCGGGCUUUGGUGCAACUGCAGAGAGAGAACCAGUUGGUGGAGCUUCACUACGAUGCUGUGUGCCAGUACAUGGGCCCCAUUGACACAGACGAAGACUGACCCAUGGGACCACUCCCACCCCCAGGCUGUUACCAGUUCUGUACUGUAUGAAAAAGUUGCCUUCAAGAAAUGGGAAGAUAAUUACUCCAUCCUCUGCUUGCAGCAUAGUCCCGGGACAGGGACAGAGAAAUGGAUGGACGGACCAGAAGAGAGGCUAAAAACAAACCCAAUAUUUAUCAAGAUUUAGUGUAUAAUAAAAACUACUUCAAAUAGUUA